AUGGAGCAAAUACCAAGUAACCACGUGAAUCGGGCCCCGGUUGAGCCACGCAAUUCAAGUGGCUCCAACGGUUUAGAAUCUUCUGGUCAAAGCUUGCCUACUCGUCCACCAUUCACUAGAGCUGAUUCACGAUCGAAUUUCUCGCCACAAUCAUUGCGACCAGGUGGCCCGCAAUUACAGCAAAGACCACAAUUUCAAGCGGGUGGACCAGUUACUAGUCCACCACAAUUUGGACCGCGCCCAGGGACUCCAGUACAGAGGGGACCAUCUCCUGCAGGCCCCCCGGGAUCUCCACAGAUUCGUAAUCAAUCUCCGGGAAUUCGACCAAAUCAACCAGUAAAUUUGCCUCAACAAGGUGUUAGACCAUCUCAAUCACCGACAUCAGCUCAGCCUCAAAGAGGUCCAGUACCCAAUAAUCUUCAGUUUGGUCCACGUCAACCUCCACAAUUUGUUACUACGCCUAACGGAACUUCAAAGACAACAUUAGGCGCUUCUAAUAGUACUCAGCUUCCAAGACAACCAUCCCAAAGUUCCCUCAAAGGUCCUGAUUCUCCUAACCCGUUAACAAGCAAACCAGCCAACCUGGAGAACCAAAUAGGUCCUAAUGAAAAUCAUAACAACAUCAAACCUGACAGCGGUAAUGAAGUGCCGGGAGCGACUAAAGCAAGAAGCUUCAGCAUUUCCGCUGCACCUGGAUCACCAAGUCCCUUGAAAUUGGAUGAUGAUCGAAGAAAAUCUGUAAGUGCUGUAGGUGGUCGAUAUGAUGACUUAGUAAGUCGUAGUUCUGGGCUUGGAUUGAUUCAAGAAAUGCGAGGCAGUAAAGAUAUUAUUGGUUCUAAAGAAAGUGUUAAAUCAGAAGCAUCAUAUGAAGGCAAGGAUAUGCCAGACCGCCCAGAAUCGCGUCUAGCGGGUUCUAAAAUGACAGAAUCAUUUAUAGGAUCCUAUUCAAAUACAUCGCCAAAAAAGAAAAUAGAUGACGAUGAUGAUGUGGUAUCACAAAAUAAUUUGUCAUCAAUGAAAAAUGACACUUGCCAAAAUAAACCUGAUCUUUCCGAUCGUUCACCUUCACUUACACGUAGUGAUGAUUCACCAGAACCUAAAAAUGUAUUGCAGCAAUCUGCAAUAUCUAAUAAGACUCCAAGCGGAACGCCUGAGCCACAACGUCCAAAGACACCUAAAUCUGAUAUAAAACAGGAAAUAAAGUCGGAAUCAAAUAAGGAAGUAAAACCAACAGUAACUGCGAAUAAAAUUGUUACUAAAUCUCCUUCAACAGAAUCUAAGUCACCUUUGGAGCCAAAGUCCCCUAUAUCAUUGAAUAAAAAACCAACAGAGCUAAAAACAUCGAUAACACCUUCCGAUUCUAAAAAAUCAACACCACGUAAAGUAGCUUCUGCUCCAAGCUCUAGGCCUAAAGAUGGCGAUAACGACAGUGGCGUUGACGAAUCUACCCAAGGAAAUGAUUUAAAUGGCUCACCUGGUUCUCCAAAUAAGAAAUUACCCAGCAAGUUACCAACUAAGGAGAAAUCCAGCAGCAGCCUAAAGCAAAGCCUUUCUCGGUCCUCAAGCAAAAGUGCUACAGCAAAGACACCAGAAACUCCACAGCCAAAUGAUAAAAAAAAAGUACCCAUGAAUAAGGUACAAGUUGGUAACGCCCCAUCACCAAAUAUAAAGGCAGUAAAAUCGAAGAUUGGUUCUUUGGACAACACUACAUACAAACCAGGUGGCGGUAAAGUUAAAAUUGAGAAUAGGAAACUCGACUUCAACAAAGUCACUCCGAAAAUUGCUGCUAAAAAUGAUGCCUAUACGCCUAGUGGAGGAGCUAAGAAGAUUACAACUACAAAAUUGGAAUGGAAUGCCAAAUCGAAAAUUGGUUCUCUUCAAAAUGCAUCUUACAAGCCAGGAGGAGGAGACAAGAAAAUAGAAACCGUCAAAUUGGACUUCAAAGAAAAAGCAAAGCCAAAGGUGGCUUCGACUAUUAACAUCACACAUAAGCCAGGCGGUGGAGCAGUAAAGAUUGAAAAUCAAAAAUUGGAUUUCAAAGCACAAAGUAAAGUGGGGUCCCUCGACAACGUAAAACAUAAGCCCGGAGGGGGUGAUAUUAAAAUAUUCGAUGACAAGGAUUACAUUAAGCAGAUCGGUGGACACUCGCCGCUGCCCAACAGCCUCGGACAGUCCAGACAGGAGAGUCCAGUCCCACCGGCGGCGCAGCCUCCCAAAGCGGACGAAAAUUUAAAUCAACAGCCGUGU